AUUCAUUAAAAUUAUGAAUAUCACGUAACCCUUCAAAUCCUACUACAGUUAUCAAUCAUUGGAUUUUUAUCAAAACUCGAGUACAUUCAGUGCUAGCAUGUACCAAAACCAGUGUCAAAAUCAAGAUCCUCAACUCACAAAAAUAUUUCAAUAUGUAGACAAAGAUAGGAGUGGAUUAAUAUCAUCCUCAGAAUUGCAGCAAUGCUUAUCCAAUGGUUCGUGGGAACCUUUUCAUAUAGAUACGAUUAAAUUACUUAUGUCCAUGUUUGAUAUAAAUAAAAGAGGCCAAUUAAAUUUUAACGAAUUUCAAGCUCUUUGGAAAUAUGUUAAUGAUUGGCAAGCAAUCUUUAAAACACAUGAUAGAGAUGGUUCUGGCAGUAUAUCCCGAGACGAAUUAAAUCAAACUUUAACCUCAUUUGGAUACCGGUUAUCCAACAAAACGUACGACCUCUUCAUGACGAAAUUUGAUAGACAAAGGAAGGGCGACAUUUACUUUGACGAUUUUAUUCAAUGUCUCGUGGCACUGAAAAUGCUGACGGAAGAAUUCAGUAAACUGGACACUGAUCGGGAUGGAUUCGUUAAUUUCGGGUACGAACAAUUUAUAAAUGCCGCGUUUAGCAUUUUGUAGAACGGAAGAAAAAUGACAUCUUCAUAGCCGUCAACCCUUCACCCAGAUAUAUAUAUUUAUUAUAAAAAUAGCAAGAAUACCAAAUUUUUUUAAAAUUAUUUUCUUAAAAUGUUCUUUCCUUUGAAAGUAUUUAUUUAUUUAAUUUUUUUUUUAAAAUAUUUUUUUGGCAUUUGUGCCUUCUUACCGAAAUGCACGACUAAAUAUGAUAGACACCGUUUUUUUAUAUAUAUAAAUUGUGAUAUAUUAACAUUUAACAUGAUUCCGACCCCUGUUAAUUAAUAUUAAUUAUAAAUCUUAAUAUGCA